ACAUGCAAAAUGUCUCAGAGUGUUUGGAUCUGCCCUAAGUGAAGCCCACCCUACGCUUGACCAGAGAGAAGACUGUGAAGACCCUAAAAACGCCCUCUGUUGGACCAGUUUCUGAAUGACAACGAUAUGGCCAAUUAUGACUCGCUGGAUGACAAGGAUUCUUUGGACUUUCAUGACAACCCACCCCUCCCUGACAAUGUGGUGAAAGAGGAAGACAACACGGUGUACUUUAUCUACGAUGAAGAGGUGGAGGAAGAGGAGAAGGAGGAGCUGCCCCCUCCCGAACCCCCCAAACCUGUCAACGACAAACCACACAAGUUCAAGGACCACUACUGCAAGAAGCCCAAGUUCUGUGACGUCUGUGCGCGAAUGAUAGUCUUGAAUAAUAAGUUUGCGUUGCGAUGUAAGAACUGCAAAACCAGCAUCCAUCACCAGUGUCAGUCCUACGUAGAGUUCCAGAGAUGUUUUGGCAAAAUUCCUCCGGGUUUUAGACGGGCCUACAGCUCCCCUCUGUACAGCAGUCAGCAGAAUGCCACCGUCUCACAACUGCUGCCGUUUUCACAGUCCAACCGCACAGAUCCAGUAUUUGAGACGCUGCGUAUUGGGGUGAUAAUGGCCAACAAGGAAAGGAAGAAAGGCUCAGAAGACAAAAAGAAUAUGGUGAUGAUGAUGGAAGAUGAAGAUAACCAGCCAAAAGCAGAUGAGGAGGGAGGCGAUGGAGCAAAUGUAGAAGGAGACAAGAAAGGAGACAAAGCACCUUCUGAUGACAAGAAUAAGAAGGUUCAGCCAGGAAAGAUUGGCGUGUUCAGUCAGUCUCACUACUACCUGGCUCUGUACCGCUUUAAAGCCAUAGAGAAGGAUGAUCUGGAUGUGCAUCCCGGCGACCGCAUCACAGUAAUCGACGACUCUAAUGAAGAAUGGUGGAGGGGCAAGAGCGGAGAGAGGACGGGCUUCAUCCCGGCCAACUACAUCAUCCGGGUGCGAGCGGGAGAGAGGGUGUACAAAGUGAUGCGCUCCUUUGUGGGCAACCGAGAAAUGGGCCAAAUCACGCUCAAGAAGGACCAGAUUGUGGUGAAGAAGGGUGAGGAGGUGAACGGUUACCUAAAGGUCAGUACGGGACGAAAACUUGGCUUCUUUCCAGCCAAUCUGCUGCAAGAAAUCUGAGCAGUGGCUCCAUGGACACGUUAUGUAUCAGCUACUAUUCCUGACGCAGCAAUAACACUUUGUACAUCAACGUGUGCUUUAUUGAUACUUUGCAGUGACAUCAUGUCUGGGGUAUUCUACAUGUAUCUCUAAUGGUCGAACGUUUAUUAGUUACCAUGGUGACACGAUGCACACAUUAGCAAACACUGUCAAAAACACACAUAAUGGAACUAAAGGACAAAUGGAACAUUUUCAGGAGCCUGUGAUCAAUACAAACGUUCGCUGUUCUGUUUAGGUGUUUGUUCUUCUGGUCAGAUUGUGAUUAAAUAAAGCAGAGAUUAAAGUUGAAUAACACCUCAGACAGAGCAGUGCCUACAGUUAGCACCACACCCCCAGGCAACGUUGAUGGCAUCUACCGCAUCUAUACUGCGUCUCUUCUUGAUAAUGAGAUCACAGCAAAAGAGUAUUUUUAUCCCAAAGUAUUUUCUACUUCACUGCCACUUGUGUGUUUUCACUGUCUUUUUUUAAUAGAAACACAACCAUUUCUUAGUUGUGUUUUUUUAUUCACACUUUUUGUACUUCGA